UCUAUACAUUCGCAAGAGGCUCGAGUCAACAGCCGACAAGCCAAUUGCGCAGUUGAUGUGUCGCGCGUGAGCGUAAUACGAGCAGGCGUCUCCAAGCGCGCGCCUUCAAUGUAAGCAGGACGGGUGCUCAAGUCCCACGCUCGCUGCUAGACAACCUUGAGCCCCAAUUAAGCGUUCUCACGCUUUCAGCAGCAAGCCGUCUCAAAAAUAUUACGGUGGUGAACUAUGAGCUGUCUUUGCACGCGAUUGCGUUGCGCUACUCAUUGACAGAGACGGUGUAGCGCCUCUGGUGGAGAGAGUUUUCGUCAGUAUUAAAGAGAACCACCGGCUGGCACUCCGAGGAGUGACUAUACUCAAGACCGCACCGUCCACUGCUGGGCAAAAUGACCGGUCUUCGUUCUAGAUGGUUUCCUGAACCGUGCGUGUUUGUCUUCUUCAUCUGGAUUGCGACGUACACGGCUGGUCCGGCGCACGCUGUGAAGAUAAUCGAAUUGAAAGUUCCCGAGACGCCAACUCGCGGAUCCACUGUGAUGCUCGAAUGCCUCUACGACUUGCAGGGGGAUCAGCUGUACAGCGUCAAGUGGUACAAAGACAGCAGGGAGUUCUUCCGCUAUGUGCCUCAGGACGAGCCCAACAAAAAGCUCUUCAAUCUCAAAGGGCUCACUGUAAACGUCGCACGCAGCACAAACACUACGAUAGUCCUUGACAACGUACACCGCUCUGCUUCUGGGAUUUACAGAUGCGAAGUAGGAGGAGAUGCACCGUCGUUCAGUUAUGACUCGGCUGAGAAGAGGAUGGACGUCACAGAAACGCCUUUAUCGAUAGACCAACCACCAAUCGGCAUUCUCGGCGGUUCCGUGCGUCUGAACUGCGCACACAACUUCGGUGGAUUGCCCCUGUACAGCUUCAAGUGGUUCAAGGAUGACAAAAUGCUGUACAAAUACAUUCCUCGCCACAGGCCACCAGGAGAACUGUUCAGCGUGCAAGGAGUGACGAUAGACAUGCUGCAGACCAACUAUUCGUCACUGUACCUGAAGAACCUGAGCGCCCUAAGCGCUGGCACUUACCGUUGCGAAGCCAGCUCCGACGCGCCACCCUUUCUAACAGUCCAGGACGAAAAAAUGCUUGCGGUGUUAGAACAAAGAGAUAUGAGACCACAGAUCACAUACGACCGGGAGACGUACCAAGUGGGAGACAAUGUGCGUCUCAACUGCUCCUCCAGCCGGUCCAGGCCGGCCCCCAAGCUCGCCGUGUACGUAAACGACCGCCUCUUGAUCGACGCCGACGUCAAAGCGAGCGUCGACACGCACCGGGACGGCUUCCAGACGGCGACUCUCAUUGCGACCUUCCCGGUCAGCCAUAACGACGCAAGAGGAGCCGCCGUGCGGGUCAAGUGUCAGGCCAGCUUCAUAGGCCUAUAUGAGGCGGUGGGCGAGAUGUCCAUACCAGUCCGGCAGCGAACGGAAGACCACAGAGGGCCUUACCAGCAACAGUACCGGCGGCCGCAGCACAAGCAGCCGUUGCAGCGACCGAGUUCGAUCUCAUCGCCACAAGACGAGUGCUUGGCCAAGGCUAUGGAGAUUCUGGCUAGGGCGUGGGCCACCUACCAGUGAGCAGAGUUGCACCCCAAGCAACAGAUGUUUCAAGUUAACUUGCACUAGGAGACGCGCACAAAGAAAAAGGUUUGUGAAAAGAUCUGAACGUAUACAAUAAAUAAUGUUAUAUUCCCCCA